AUGGCGUCCUCCGAGGCCAUCGCCUACACCGUCGUCGCUACCGACCCGAGCAGCGACGGCAUCGAGCUCUCCACCCAGGAUCUGCGCAACAACCUCCAGCGCGGCUCCGACGAGAUCAAGCUCGAGACCCUCCGACGCAUCAUCGUAUCCACCCUCAACGGUUCGCCCCAGCCCAACCUGCUCAUGCCCAUCAUCCAAUAUGUCCUCCCCAGCCGUAACAAGCAGCUCAAGAAGAUGCUCCACUUCUACUGGGAGGUCUGCCCCAAGCUCGACGAAAAGGGCAACCUCAAGCAGGAGAUGAUCCUCGUUUGCAACGCCAUCCGUAACGAUCUGCAGCACCCCAACGAGUACAUUCGUGGCUCCACACUCCGCUUCCUCCAGAAGGUCAAGGAGCCCGAACUUCUCGAACCGCUCAUCCCCACCAUCCGCCAAUGUCUCGAGCACCGCCACAGCUACGUGCGCAAGAACGCCGUAUUCUGCGUCUACUCGAUAUACCAGCAGAACGAGAACCUCAUCGUCGACGCGCCCGAGCUCAUGGAGACCUUCCUCGCCGCAGAGGCAGACACCACCUGCAAGCGCAACGCUUUUGUUCUCCUCUGCCACACCGCCCCCGAGCGCGCCGUCCAGUACCUCCUCGGCCUCGGCGACCAGAUCGCUUCCCAGGACGAGCUUAUGCAGCUCGCCAUCAUCGAGCUCAUCCGCAAGGACUGCCGCGGCGACUCGCCCAACCGUCCGCGCUACAUCCGCGCCGUCUCGGAGCUCCUCGCCGCGCCCAGCCACUCGGUCAAGUACGAGGCCGCCACCACGCUCACCACGCUCACCCAGAACGCUGCCGCAGUAAAGGCAACCGCAAGCGCGCUCAUCGAGCUCGCCGUCAAGGAGAGCGACAACAACGUCAAACUCAUCGUGCUCGACCGCCUCGACGCCCUGCGCUCCAAGCACGAGCACGUCAUCGACCCGCUCGUCAUGGACCUCCUCCGCGUACUCUCCAGCCCAGACAUGGACGUCCGUCGCAAGGCGCUCCGCAUCGCCCUCGAGAUGGUCUCCAGCCGCAACAUCGAGGAGGUCGUGCUGCUGCUCAAGAAGGAGCUCAUGAAGACCGUCGACACCUCGCAGUCCUCCCAGGACAAGAACCUCGAGUACCGCCAGCUCCUCAUCCAGUCCAUCCACACCUGCGCCAUCAAGUUCUCCGAGGUCGCCUCCAACGUCGUGCACGUGCUCAUGGAGUUCCUCGGCGACUCCAACAACCCGUCCGCCGUCGACGUCAUCGCCUUUGUACGCGAGGUGGUCGAAAAGUUCCCCGACCUCCGCUCGUCCAUCGUGGACAAGCUGCUGCGCACUUUUACCGACAUCAAGUCCGGCAAGGUCUUCCGCGGCGCGCUCUGGAUCGUCGGCGAGUACUGCGCCAGCAUCGAGGACGUCAAGGAGGCCAUGCAGCAGAUCCGCAAGGUCAUCGGCGAGGUGCCCAUCCUCGCCGCCGAGGAGCGUCUGCUCGAGGCUUCUUCCACCGGCGUCGAGGCCGAAGGCGCCGCCGAGCAGGCCGAUGCGGGCGCGUCGUCCUCGGCGCUCGGCGCAGCGGCCAAGUCGUCGUCGGCCGCCAACCGCGUUCGUGCCGAUGGCACCUACGCCACCGAGACCGCCUUCAGCUCCGAGGCCAACCAGGCGGCGCGACUCGAGGCGGUCAAGAGCGCCUCCAAGCCGCCACUGCGCUCGCUGCUGCUGCUCGGCGACUUCUACACGGGCACGGUGCUCGCCUCGACGCUCACCAAGCUCGUGCUGCGCUUUGCCCAGCUCUCGUCGGACGCCGCGGCCAAGAACAGCCUGCGCGCAGAGGCGAUGCUCAUCAUGACGAGCAUCGUGCGUGUGGGCCAGUCCAAGUUUGCGGCGACGCCCAUCGACGAGGACUCGGUGGAGCGCAUCAUGGCGUGCGUCGAGACGCUCGCCUCGAGCAUGCACGAGGCCGAGCCCGAGAGCGAGGAGGCCAACGAGGUGUUCCUGCACGACACCAAGGCGGCGUACACCAAGAUGGUGGAGCACGAGCAGGCCAAGCAGGCCGAGAAGCUCGCCAAGGAGACCAAGGUGGUCAAGGUGCAGCCGGACGAUCUGCUGUCGUUCCGCCAAUUCUCCAAGAAGGCGGCGGACGAUGCGGCCGAGGAGUACGAGCGCGAGCUCACGCAGGCGACGGGCGCGGCCGAGGCGGCCAAGGACGAUUUCAUCUCGAAGCUCGCGCGCGUCGUGCAGCUGACGGGCUUCUCGGAUCCGGUGUACGCCGAGGCGUACGUCAACGUGCACCAGUUUGACAUCCUGCUGGAUGUGCUCGUGGUGAACCAGACUGCCGAGACGCUGCAGAACUUGUCGAUCGAGUUUGCGACGCUGGGCGAUCUGAAGCUGGUGGAGAGGCCGUCGAACUACACGCUGGCGCCGUACUCGUACCAGUCGAUCAAGGCGACGAUCAAGGUGUCGAGUACCGAGACGGGCGUGAUCUUUGGCAACAUCAUCUACGAGGGUGCGGCGGGCACGGGUACGCAGAGUGCGGGCGAUGCCAAGUGUGUGGUGUUGAACGACAUCCACAUUGACAUUAUGGACUACAUUGCGCCGGCGUACUGCAACGAGGCGCAGUUCCGCGCCAUGUGGACCGAGUUCGAGUGGGAGAACAAGGUGAACGUCAACACGGCCAUCACCGACCUGCGCGAGUAUCUGGCGCACAUUAUGAAGAGCACCAACAUGUCGUGCCUCACGCCCGAUGCGUCGCUUGCGGGCGAGUGCGGCUUCUUGUCCGCAAACAUGUAUGCCCGCUCGCUGUUUGGCGAGGAUGCGCUGGCCAACCUCAGCAUCGAACUGCUUCCGGACGGCAAGACGAUCCAGGGCCAUGUUAGGAUCCGCUCAAAGACGCAGGGUAUCGCGCUCAGCCUCGGCGACAAGAUCACACUCGCCCAGAAGACCGCCUCCAAAGACUAA